AAAUUUCCUCAUUCAAAGGGCAUAAUAUAUGUAUUAGAGAAUGACAUAUUAGAAGGUUUUAACACCCUUUGUGACUCUACUUCAUACACUGUUGUUUAUGUAACAAGAAGAAGGUGCAUUAAAGUAGCAUAUAAUGGGAUGGAAUAAAACUAAAUGUAUGAUGGUCAGACAGCUAUUUGUUUCAAUAGUUUUGAUGUGUAGAGUAACAGCAAUGUUGACACAAAAUUGUUCAAUAUCAUACAAUGUUGACGAUUGUGGAAAUAAGGGAUUGCUGUGGAACUGCAGUGGAUCAAACAUCUCCAAAAUGCCAACGGUGUUACCUCCUGAAUUGGAAAAUAGCAAUACUGCGUUGGAUAUAUCGUACAAUCAAUUCACUUCUCUAACAAAAGAUACAUUUGAAGCAAUAGCGGCUUACUCCAAGGUGACGUCUGUCAUUCUUCACCACAAUAACAUAACCAAAAUUUCAAAGAUGGUCUUUCAAAAAAUGUCAAUCUUAUGCAGUUUGGAUAUUUCUAAUGUACAUCUUAAAGUCAAUGACAUUAAUGCCGAAGCCUUUUCUAAUCUUAACGAACUCCAAUUUCUUCAAAUUCAUCAAAAUGAUUUUCAUAAGGCGAAAAAUCCAAGAUAUCCUGGUAUUCAGCUUUCCAAACUUCGUUCACUAAAAUAUUUGAAAAUUGACAUUUUUAAUGGAUUUCAGUUUCAAAAGCCGUUUGAAAAUCUUUCCAAAUUAUCCAAAUUAGAAUUCAAUACCAUAGGUGAAUUUAAAAUAGCCAAUACUUCUUUCGAGGGUCUUAAGCUCUCCCCACUCCGCAGCCUCGAUAUGAAGUUUAGAAAUCAUGUGGACUGUGACGUUUCGGAAGAUCUAUUUUGCUCGUUUCCGUACUUAGACACAAAUAUCGAAAUAAAUUUUGGCGGCAAGUGCAGUAUUUAUGCAGCAUUAAGAUCACUCAAAUGUUUACAAUAUCGUGUAAUCCAAAAAAUCGAUAUAAGUGCAAAUGUUCACGUUUUUGAAUCAGACAUAGUUAAUAUAAGCGAUAAGAGCUUUAAAUACCUUUUUAAUAUUUGUGUGAGUGAGCUCAUAUUAGAUUACGACGCAAUUAUCUAUCUUCAUUUACAUCUUUAUAGAACUACAUUUUGGACUUGUCUAAAUAAAUUAAGUCUUAGAUCUAAUAGAAUCCAGUAUGUUUCUAUGGAGACUAUAUUUGCUUUAUUGACUUUGCCACGUCUGCUUGAAAUAAACGCUUGUUGCAAUUCCCGGCCACCUGACACAGAAUUAUUUAACAUCCACAGUCAACAAAGAUAUCAGAAUAUUUCUAUUAACAUUAAUCUGCCAAAAAGUCUUAUAGUUUUGGACUAUUCCUACAAUUACAUUCACAAUCAGCAUUAUAUAAGAUGGUAUUUACUUGUAACGCUUAUAGGGGAAAAUUUGCGCAUACUGAAUCUUCAAAAAACUAAUUUUCCUCUACAGUUUGAACAUAUCUUUAAUUUUCCGUCCUUAAGAAUUCUUAAUUUAUCUGAAAAUAACUUUACAAAUAUUCAUCCCAAUAUAUUUCAAAGAGUAAGAAAUCUUCGCCAGUUAUCCGCAGCAAAUGUUCACUUAGACCUGACUAACAUUUUGAUUGCCGAAGGUUUGUUUAAAAAUCUCAAAUGUUUGACAAAACUUGAUCUAUCUCGAAAUGGCUUAGCCUUUUUACCGCAGUCUCUACUAAGAGACCAAAAACAAUCUUUAACAGAAAUUAAUCUAGAUCAUAAUAUGUUUUCUUCCAUCUACGAUUCCUUAAUCCAGUUGGAGAAUUUGAACAAUCUCUAUCUUCGAUACAACUUGAUAUCAAAGAUUUCGGAGAAGGACCAAAGGCAUUUUGAAUCAUUGAACAACCUGUCAAUCUAUAUUGAAGGAAAUCCAAUUUCUUGUGCAUGCUUAAACAUCCAGUCUUUGAAAUGGAUGAAAGAUCACCAAAAUUCGUUUCCAGAUCUUGGCAACGUUCUAUGUUUGGAAAACAACCACCAUGUUGGUCAUUUAUUCAACGAUGAAAUAUGGCGGAAAUUCGAACUAGACUGCCAGUCAAAAGAUUGGCUCAUAUUUUCUAUCGUAUUGCUGUUUUUGACAAUAUUAGCAUUCACAAGUAUUGUUGCUAUCAAAAACUACCGUGUCCAUCUAGAAUAUGUAAUUCUUAGACUGAAAAAACAAUGGAAAGGUAUACCUUUACGAAAAAGUGAAGAGGAGUUUUUGUUUGAUGUGUAUGUAUCAUACAGUGAAUCGGACUACGUAUGGGUCAGAGAUAAACUUUGUCCAAAACUAGAGGAUUUAAACGUAAAGUCAUGGAUAACAGAUAUGAAUUCCACUCCAGGCCGCUGGGUAUUAGAAGGAAUUGUGAAUCGUAUUAACGAGUGCAGGAAAGUAAUGUUUGUUGUAAGUGAAAGUUUUUUGGACAUGGAGUGGUCUUCAUAUGCAGUUAAAACAGCCAUCACCCAUGCUUUCCAUAAUCAACGACAGGGGUUUAUUGUGGUUUUGAUAAAAGAUGGAGUUGCUCUUGAAAAGCUCCCAGAUGAACUGAAAAACAUAUGGUGGUGCAUUGAACACUUUAGAUGGCCAGAAGAGGAAAGUAACGAAGUUAUACUCAAGAAACUGACUAAAGCACUUCAAUCCGAUUUAACUUUUUGAGUGUAUAUGGUUUGAACAACCAUAUAUCACUUUUGGCUAUAUAUUUAUGAAAGAAUUUUAAUUGUGCUUCAUGUAAAUUUGAUGUUUAAAUGGAUGUAUAAAUAUAGAAUUUAUUAUGCUUCUGGAGAAAAAAAAAACAAUCUUCGAAAUACUAAGUAUAUAAUUACGACAUAAUUUGUUCUCGAUUAAACAUCAUAUUAUUUAUGUUAAGACGACUAGGUGACCGUGGCCUUUUAAAGACUACAUGUGUAUUGGUCUCCGUGAGAAAAAGAGUUUUGUAUAAAGAUAUAGGCAAAUACACAAAUUUUAAAGCUAAGACGUAUGGAACUUUUCUUUACUAAGUAAUAGUUUAUUGUUUAAAAAAUCAUAUCUACAUGUACAAUUUUGUAGGAGAUCUGAUGGGUAAUUAGUUAGACAUUCAGACUACAGCCUGGCCUCCAGAACAGGACAAUUUCAAAGGAAAGCCCGUCUAAUUUGUUUUUCGUCUCAAAUAAAAAUUACGUCAAAACCACGUCCAGUGAUAAUGGAACGAUCCCUAAAAUACAUCAUGUAGUUUAUACUUUUAUAUUUACAUUUUUCAGUGUCCUUGCCUGUGAUAACACUACGCAUCGCUUUUGUACUAUACAGUUCAAUAAAUUCAAAUGACGUAUAAUCGGGGCGCAAGCAGUGUUUGCUUAUCUAUAUCCAAUUAUUAAGUCGUGCAAUUGCUGAAUAUCAUAUUAAUAAAAUAUAAGAAUUAAUUGA